GUCUAGGCAGGCGGGGUCGGCGUGCGUCGCUUCGGGUCUGAGGAGGAGGUGCAGGUGGUAACGGCCUGGUGAGAGAUUGGUUGUUCAAAAUUCUGCAGACCAUAAUGACUUCAACAAAUAAAUCAGUUGAAUUACAACUACAAGUGAAACAAAAUGCAGAAGAACUACAAGACUUUAUGAGGGAUUUAGAAAACUGGGAAAAAGAUAUUAAACAAAAGGAUAUGGAACUAAGAAGACAGAAUGGUGUUCCUGAAGAGAAUUUACCUCCAAUUCGAAAUAGGAAUUUUAGGAAAAAGAAGAAAGGCAAAGCUAAAGAAUCUUCUAAAAAAACCAAAGAGGAAAACACAAAAAACAGGAUAAAAUCUUACGAUUAUGAGGCAUGGGCAAAACUUGAUGUGGACAGUAUCCUUGAUGAGCUUGAUAAAGAAGACAGUACCCAUGAUUCUGUGUCUCAAGAAUCAGAGUCAGAAGAAGAUGGGAUUCAUGUCGAUGCACAAAAGGCUCUUGCUCUAAAAGAAAAGGGCAAUAAAUACUUCAAACAGGGAAAAUAUGAUGAAGCAAUUGAAUGCUACACCAAAGGCAUGGAUGCUGAUCCGUACAAUCCUGUAUUGCCAACAAACAGAGCAUCAGCAUACUUCAGAUUGAAAAAAUUUGCUGUUGCUGAGUCUGAUUGUAAUUUAGCAAUUGCCUUGAAUAGGAGUUAUACAAAGGCCUAUGCCAGAAGAGGGGCUGCUCGAUUUGCUUUGCAAAAAUUAGAGGAUGCCAGAAGAGAUUAUGAAAAAGUAUUAGAACUGGAGCCAAGUAACUUUGAAGCAACAAAUGAACUCAGGAAAAUAAAUCAGGCUUUAACAUCCAAAGAAAAUGCAUAUCUAAAGGAAGCUGAUACAGUGAUUAAGUCAACUGAAGGAGAGAAAAAACAAAUUGAAGAACAACAGCAUAAGCAGCAGGCCAUUUCAGAGAAAGAUCUGGGGAAUGCAUUUUUCAAAGAGGGGAAAUAUGAACGAGCAAUUGAAUGCUAUACUCGAGGUAUAGCAGCAGAUGGUGCUUACGCCCUUCUUCCAGCUAACAGAGCAAUGGCCUAUCUGAAGAUUCAGAAAUAUGAAGAAGCUGAAAAAGACUGCACACAAGCAAUUUUAUUAGAUGGGUCAUAUUCUAAAGCAUUUGCCAGAAGAGGAACUGCAAGAACAUUUUUGGGAAAGCUAAAUGAAGCCAAACAAGAUUUUGAAACUGUUUUACUUCUGGAACCUGGAAAUAAGCAAGCAGUAACUGAACUUUCCAGAAUUAAAAAGGAAUUAAUUGAGAAAGGAUACUGGGAUGACGUCUUUCUUGAUUCUACACAAAGGCAAAAUGUGGUAAAACCUAUUGAUAAACCACCUCAUCUUGGAUCUGCUAAACCACUGAAGAAGAUUAUUAUUGAAGAAACUGGUAACUUGAUACAGACUAUUGAUGAGCCAGAUGUCUCUAUUGCUGCUGUUCCAGAGAGUAAUCCUAUUAAUCUAGCAAAUGUAAUAGCAACCACAGGCAUUACAAGUAAGAAGAAUUCAAGCCAAGGUGAUUUUUUGCCCACAAGUGAUAUUCCAAAAGCAAAAGUAUUGAAAAUAGAAGAAAUCACUAAUAUCUCAGCUCUGCCACCUCAAGGCAAUUUGAAACAGGAUGUUUGUCAGUCUUUCAGUGAGAAGAUUUCCAUAGAAGUAGAAAAAACACCUCAAUUUAUCACAACUGCUCUUCCUCCAGUUCCUACAAACUCAUUUCAGCUUGAAUCUGAUUUCAGACAACUGAAAAGUUCUCCAGACAUGUUGUAUCAGUAUUUAAAGCAAAUUGAACCAUCCUUAUACCCUAAGUUGUUUCAGAAAAAUCUAGAUCCAGAUGUAUUCAACCAAAUUAUUAAAAUUCUACAUGACUUUUACAUUGAGAAAGAGAAACCGUCACUCAUUUUUGAAAUCUUACAAAGACUUUCUGAACUGAAAAGGUUCGAUAUGGCAGUGAUGUUUAUGUCAGAACCUGAAAAAAAGAUUGCACAUGUAUUAUUCAAUCACAUAGACAAAUCAGGAUGGAAGGAUAAUUCUCUUGAAGAGCUCAAGAAAAGAUACGGUGGUUGAUUGCCAUUUUUACUGAAAUUAUUGUCUUUGACUUUCAUAUGUAAAUUUUUCUACUGGAAAUAAAAUGUUUUGUUUUGCUUUAAAAAAAUAAAAUCAUACAGGAAAAGACUGUCUUUGUAUCUCAGUUAACUAUAAGAUGAAUUAUUAAUGAGAGAAAUGUAUUCAGGUG